AUGCCUGUUCGCAGAACAGGAGAAGCUCACCGUGCUCUUGAACAACUUGAGGAGUACCAUGCUUCACUGGUUAGUAGCAGUUCAGCGGAAUUGAAACGAGAAAUCGAGAAACUCAUUAACAAUUUUAAAGGAGCUCUUUUUCAAUCAUUAAUAGAUAUUCAAGAGUUGUAUGAAGACACAUUAUUAAAUGAACGGAAAAGUCUGGAGCAGAAGGCAUAUGAAACGCGCCGAAUAGCUCAACGGUGGGAGACAAAUCCGCCAUUUGGACGUAUAAAUGCUCCUCUUGCUUCACUCGAUUCAAGUUUCCAUCACAUUGAUCAAGCUAUUCCAUAUGCAAAUGGCUCUGAAUAUAAUCUACAGUCUUAUUCUUUGCGUGAGCAGAAAAAACAAUUUUCUCCGGCGGAUGGAUGGAGAUCGACAGAAACAAUUACACAACUAACCCCUACAGGUCAAAUGGUUACAACUACGACGAAUGGCUUAGUCGAUAAUGAUGGUAUUGAAUGGGAAAUUGAAGAGGUGGUUCUGGAGAAGGGGCAUACUGGACUGGGUUUUAGUAUUGCUGGUGGUCUUGAUCAACCUUACAUUGAUGGGGACCCUGCAAUUUAUGUCACAAAUAUCAUACCCGGUGGAGCUGCAGCUGCUGAUGGACGCAUGAAAAUUCAAGACAUUAUUAUGAAAGUAAAUACUACGGAUUGUUCGCGAGCACCGCAUGAAACUACUGUUAACGCUUUGAAAAAUGCUGGAAAUGUUGUUCGAUUGAUUUUAAAAAGGCGACGUUCUGGUCGUGAAAGUGUUGGUUUUAGAGGAAAUAUCUCAUCACCAUAUAUGUCAUCUUUGCAAAACGGAUCACCUCCUGAUCCGGUAUAUCUUCCUCCAGUUCCACCUUCACAUACCUCUUACACGAACAUACCUGUGCAGCGAAGCGUACGAGAAAUCGAAAGACUGGAGCGAUAUCCAGGCGCUCAAAAAAUUGAAUUAUACAAAGGUUCAAAAGGGCUUGGAUUCAGCAUAGCUGGUGGUCUUGGCAAUGAACAUGUAGCUGGUGACACUGGUAUUUAUGUAACAAAAAUUAUUGAUGGAGGAGCUGCAUAUCAUGACGGUCGUUUAAGAGUAGGAGACAAGCUUCUAGCUGUCGAUGAUGUGACUUUAGAAAAUGUCUCUCAUGAUUUUGCCGUAAACACGUUAAAACAAACUGCUGCUAAGGUUACUCUGAUUUAUUUGAAAAAUCCACAUCCUGAAUUAUUACCAGUAUCAAAUUUUGAUGACAAUGGUGGUAAUCGUUCCAUCGGUGUUCCAUCUACUCCUGUUCGCUCUGCUCCGUCACUACAUCAUGAUUCAUUCGAAGCACAGCAGUCAUUUCAUACUUUGCCACCACAAGAACUGCCAUUAGGUCCGCGCGUGGUACAUCUUAAUCGUGGAAUGCAAGGAUUGGGUUUCAACAUUGUUGGUGGAGAAGAUGAUGAACCGAUUUACAUCAGUUAUGUUUUACCCGGUGGAGUAGCCGAUCUUUCUGGAAACGUUAGAAAAGGUGAUGUAUUACUGGAAGUAAAUGGUGUUAAUCUACGCAACGCAACUCAUGCAGAAGCAGCUCGUGCGUUGAAGGAAGCUGCUAAUCCUGUAUCUUUGACAUUACAGUACCGACCGCAGGAUUAUGCACAUUUUGAAGCAAAAAUUGAUCAACUGAGGCGAGAUUUGAUGAGUGGUGGGGUGGUAUCAUUCGGUGCGCCACGUAAAGAACUUUUUGUUAGAGCUAUGUUCGAUUAUGAUCCAGCACGUGAAGCAGGUGUUCCACAUCGUGCUUUACCAUUUUUCUAUGGUGAUAUACUUCAUGUCACAAAUACUGCUGAUGACGAUUGGUGGACAGCUCGUUUGGUUACAGAAAAUGGCGAAGAAGGUAUAGAAGGUGUAAUUCCGUCCAAGAAAAGAGUUGAGAAAAAAGAACGACAACGAAGAAAACAGGUGAAUUUCAAUGCUGGUAGCCAAAGCCUUCCUCGAGGCAUGGAUGGACGGCGUGGAUCACGUUCACAACUUUCAUUUUCGCGUAAAUUCCCGUUUGUCAAAAGCACCGAUAAGCUUAACGAAUUUACUGACAAUGAACUUGGUUCCAGCGAAGAUCCGAUUAUGUCUUAUGUAGCAGUCGAACGGCAGCAAAUAAAUUACCCUCGUCCAGUUAUUAUUUUGGGGGCUAUGAAAGAUAGAAUUAAUGAUGAGUUGGUACUGCGUGAUCGAGAACGAUUUAGUAGUUGCGUUCCACAUACCAGUCGACCUCCAAAACCCAAUGAAAUUGACGGUCGUGAUUAUCAUUUCGUUUCAAAAGAACAAAUGCAAGAAGACGUUCGAAAUAAUCAAUUCAUUGAAGCUGGGCAGUUUCAAGAUAAUCUUUAUGGCACAAGCAUUAAUUCUGUGCGGGAAGUUGCAGAAAUGGUAUGA